AUGGUUCGCAAUCUUGUCGUCAUCGGAGGUAACUCCCACCCUCAGUUGACUCAGAGCAUUUGCGGUGUCCUCGGCAUUCCUCCUGCGGAGGUCCUGCUCUCCAAAUUCGCCGUGGGUGAGACCCGCGUUGAAGUACAAGAGUCUGUUCGUGAGAAGGAUGUUUACAUCAUUCAAUCUGGUGGCGGAAAAGUCAAUGACCACCUGCUCGAGCUUCUCAUCACUAUUUCCGCCUGCAAGACCGCCUCUGCACGCCGAGUCACCGCUGUCCUCCCUCUCUUCCCCUACUCCCGUCAAAGUGACAUCCCUUACGACAAGGCGGGUGCUCCUCUCGUCAAGGCGGCCGUUGGAGGCAAGUCCACCAAUGGAUACACAUUCGAGAGCACCCCUCCCACCCCGGGCCCCGGAAAGCCCGAAGGCCUCGGCUUGAUGAAUGGCAUGGACAACCUCCAGAAGGGCCUUGCCAAGGCACAGAUUGAGGACAGCACCGGCAGCCCCGUCAAGAAGCGGGGCAAUGGUCUGCCCCGCAACGACACCACGGACUCUCUCAAGUCCUUGGCCAACGGAGCCGAUGACGCCGCCAGCAAUGCCUCUUCCAAAAUCUCUGCCUUCCAGCCUCGACCCGGCUACAAGCAGUGGGUUGCGCAGGCCGGCACCCUGGUGGCCGACCUCCUUACCUGUGCUGGAGCUGAUCACAUCAUUACCAUGGAUUUGCACGAUCCUCAGUACCAGGGAUACUUCGAUAUCCCAGUUGACAACCUUUACGGUCGUCCUCUUCUUAAGAGCUACAUCCAGCGAAACAUCCCGAACUACAAGCAGGCCGUCAUUGUCAGUCCCGAUGCCGGAGGCGCGAAGCGCGCUACGGCAAUUGCUGACCAAAUGGGAAUGGAGUUUGCUUUGAUCCACAAGGAGCGCCGCCCCACUAAGAUCACAGACCGCCAAAACGCUACCAUGAUGUUGGUUGGUGAUGUUCGCGAUCGGAUAGCCAUUCUGAUUGACGACCUCGCGGAUACUUCGAACACGAUCACCCGUGCCGCCAAGUUGUUGAAAAAGGAGGGCGCAUCCCAGGUUUACGCAUUGGUCACGCACGGCAUUCUGAGCGGUGACGCUAUUGAGCGCAUCAACGCGAGCGCCCUUGACAGGGUUGUUGUGACCAACAGUGUGGACCAGGUUGAUCACCUGCGCCGUUGCCCCAAGCUCGAGGUCUUGGAGGUCGGCCACGUUUUCGGCGAGGCCAUUCGCCGCGUGCACCAUGGUGAAAGCAUCAGCGUUCUCUUCCAGUAUGACUGA